CGUCUUUUGCUGUGAUAUCCCACAGAAAUAGAAGAGGAUUAAGGAGGAAGGAAGUGCCACUCACUUUUUCAACUAAUUCCUGGGAAACAUCUAAAUAUAACAAACAAGAUUCCAGUGGAAAGACAAGUGCUUCCAUCAUCAGUUUAUAAAGAAACAUUUCGUCUUCCAAACCAUUCUUACCCUCUCAAGCCCUUAAAAAAACACUUGCUCUAAGUGCAAGUGUGUGGCUCUCAGAUGUCCGGGUCUCUGCCCUUGCCUUCACCCUCUCCCUUUCCCUCAUGUGACUACAGAGAAUGGUCUGCAACCUGGGUGCUGAUUCCGAGCGUGUACCUCUUGGUGUUCGUCGUGGGUUCCCUGGGUAACGGCUUAGUGCUAUGGGUGUACCUGGACCGCCGAACGAGAGGCCGUGGAAGGAUUGGAAGCGGUUCCAAAUCUUCCCAGACCUCCGAUUCAUCUCCAUGUCCCUCCCCUACAUCGUCACGUACAGUAACAGAGUCUUUAAUAGCCAGUCUAGCAUUGGCUGACCUGGCCUUCGUCAUGACCCUGCCGUUGUGGGCGGCGUACACGGCGCUGGGCUACCACUGGCCCUUCGGACACCUUCUGUGUCAGGUGAGCAGCUACAUUGUGGCACUGAACAUGUACGCGAGCGUGUUUUCUCUGACUGGGCUCAGCGUAGAACGUUACUGUGUAAUCACACGAAAACAUACCAACGGCUCAAAGCAGAAGCGGUCGACCACACGCGCCAAGUGGAUUGUGGGUAGCGUUUGGUUGGCGGCUGGAAUCUUGGCACUUCCUGCUCUGCUUCUGCGGACUGUUAGGGAGGUGGAUUUGGAAGCGGGAGAUGAUGGCUACUUGCAGGACGGACAUGCAUUCUCCUGCUUGUGUGACAUGGACUACUCCAGUUUGAUCUCAAGUGAGCUGGACCCAGCAGCUGCGGAGCAGGCAGAGCUGAUGUGGUCAGCAGCUUUGGGGUUAAAGUCAACUCUGCUUGGCUUCCUGUUACCUCUUGUAGUGCUCCUGCUCUGCUAUGGCUGGCUGGGGCGGCUUCUUUCCCGACACUUCAGCCUAGGCCCACGCCCUGAUCACACGCGCCAACGCAGGCUCCUCCGUAUCAUCAUCACCCUAGUGCUGGCCUUCUUCCUCUGCUGGCUUCCCUUCCACACCAACAAGACACUCUCUGCUAUGGUUGAACUGGGCAUACUUCCCUUUUCUUGCAGUUUUGACCAGUGGUUGGUGGCGGCCCAUCCGUACUCUAUCUGUCUGGGCUACGUGAACAGCUGUUUAAACCCUCUGCUGUACGCUUGCUGUGAUCCAGCUUUCCGGAAGCACUGCAGAGGUCUGCUUGUGUGCGUAUGGGUCAAAUGCAGAGGUCAGAAGGGAGGAGAGGGGAUUGACCACCACAAAAACUCGGCAAUACCAUCAGGGACACACGAAGUGACAGUUAGUAAAGAAGAGCAAUGAUGAGAGAUUCAUUUGGCAGACUCUGUGACAGAGCUGAACUGUUUCUAUGAAAAAUUCUUGAAGAGGACUGUGAGAAUCAGAUUAUUCUGCAAGAUGUAGCAUGAACUUCACCCCCUCAAGAAAACAAGAUGCCAGCAUAGUGUGGGAACUGAUAAACAGACAGGAUCCAGUGAAGGUUUUCUCAUGACAUUGUGGCUGAAGAUUAAAGAGGAGCUUACAAGUUUUAGAUAAACAGCAGCUCAAAUUUCCAGCAUUAUGAUGCAAUUCAAACUGUUUGCACAGUUGGCAUGUUGCUGAAUUAUGAACAGUUUAAGUAUAAAAUUAGCCCUUAUGGACAAUCUUUUUUUAUAUAUAUAUAUGCAACAAAAUUUUGUGAGCCUGUUUAGCAAGGACCUUAAGGAUCAUCAGGCAUGUAUUUUUAUAUUUGAACCUGAAUAUUUCUAAAAUAAAAUUACUGUCUCUCCAAGGAUCUCUACCAGCCCAACACAGCAGCAUUGACGAAACCAACAGUAUGAAUUUGGGUUGGGACUAACUGUAUGAGCAAUGACAAAUUAGGAAGAGUUUGAACUGUCACUUUUGUAAUUACUUUGACACUUGCAGUGCAGAAAUUACAAUUCAAAAAAAAAAAAAGGGGCUUGAUUACAAAACUUAGAUUAUCCACGACUAUGUUUCCAUCUCUAUUAAUAAACCAGAAGACACUAGAA